UGUGGUACAUGAAUUGGAAUAAGCUUAACAUUACAAAUAGCCAUAGAGAUGGACCUUACCCAGAACUUCAUAAUUAAAACAUCAAUCACUCCAUAGCCUGCCGCUUUAAACCUUCCCUCACCAUUUUACAAAGCAGAAGGAAAAAAAACCUCAGCAUCCUUGUGCAAUUUGAACACUUCUACCUUGGUUAUUGUACCAACACUUGUUUCUACUCUGAUAAGGUAGUGAAAUUCAGGAUGGAGAUUACUGUAAAGGAAUCUACAAUUGUUCAUCCUGCUCAAGACACUCCGAAAGGAAGUCUAUGGAACUCCAAUUUGGACCUGUUGACGACAAGAUACCACAUCCCUACAGUAUACUACUACAAGCCAAAUGGUAGUUCUAAUUUCUUUGACCCUGGAAAGCUUAAAGAGGCUUUAAGCAAGAUUCUUGUGCCAUUUUACCCGAUAGCUGGAAGGUUGGGAUUGGAUCAAAAUGGAAGACUUGAAAUAAUAUGUAAUGCAGAAGGAGUUUUAUUCAUAGAGGCUGAAUCUACCUCAGUUAUGGAUCAAUUUGUUGGUGAUUUUACUGAUAACUCUGAAGUUUCCCGAUUAGUUCCCACGGUCGACUAUUCUGAAGGAAUAUCUUCAUAUCCGCUUCUUGUUUUGCAGGUAACUACUUUCAAAUGCGGUGGGAUUAGUCUAGGCGUAGGGUUGCAGCAUACUUUAGCAGAUGGCACAGCCGCUCUUCAUUUCAUCAAUAGUUGGGCUGACACAGCUCGAGGCUUGUCUCCUACCAUUGCCCCAUUCAUGGAUCGAACUCUUCUUCGUGCUCGUGUCUCACCAACUCCUACAUUUCACCAUGUUGAAUAUGACCCACCUCCUAAAAUAAUGACUACAGGCCACUCAAUUUUAACAUCAGAAUCUCAGUCAAACGAUCUUAAGCCAUCAAUCGUUUCCCUUUUUAAGCUCACAGUUGAUCAACUGAAUAUCCUGAAAGCUAAACCAAACAUCGGAAAUUCUGACUCUAUAAAAUAUAGUACUUAUAGUAUCUUAACUUCCCAUUUAUGGCGGUGUAUAAGCAAAGCGAGGGGCCUCUCAAAUGAUCAAGCUACUAAGCUAUACAUUCCAACUGAUGGACGAUUUAGAUUAAAUCCUCCUCUCCCACGAGGCUACUUUGGCAACGCAACCUUUCAAGCUACAGCAAUUGCUCGAGCUGGUGAUCUCCUAUCUGAACCUUUUACCAACACUGUUAAGAGAAUCCAUGAACUGUUAAAGCAGGUUAACGAUGAAUAUUUGAGAUCAGCUAUUGAUUACAUAGAAAAGGUGCCUGAUCUAAACACUUUGGUUCGAGGAUCGCAUACUUUUCGAUGCCCAAACUUAUCUGUUAUUAGUUGGAUGUGGUUGCCUAUAUAUGAUGCAGAUUUCGGAUGGGGUCGCCCCAUAUAUAUGAGGCCAGCAAAUGUUGUUCAAGAAGGAAAACUUUUUGUAUUACCAAGUCCGACUAGUGAUGGGAGCUUGUCACUGAUUACUCGAUUAGAGACCUCUCACAUGAAACUCUUUGGUAAACUUCUUUAUGAAUUUUAGUGGAAGUGUACUGCUAUUUUAUCUAUCUCGAUUCUAUGAUUAUUAAAAAAAAGUCAUCGAUGUAAUAAUAGCUGAAUAAUAAUUUAAUUUGA